UUUCGGCUGGUUGUGCUAGUCGCCGAACCUAUGUGUUCCAUUUUACCAAGUCUACCUAUCCGUGUUGAAUUGCGCAGAAAUUACAGAUUUGGGUUACUGCGUAACUAUUUCUGAAAGUGUUUGCCAUGAAAGUGGCUAUGGCGUCUGGAAUCGGAAGCAUAUGCCAAUUUGUUUGAAUAAGUAUCACGAUUUUUUUUCCAUCAGUGGAAAAGUCGACACAAAAGAUGAUAUAGCUUUUGAAUGCAAAAAAGAAACGCGUAUAUGCCCAAACUACUAUAAAGGACAUAACUUUGAACUCAUAAAACUAUUGUAUUAGAAAAUUAAGGAUGGCUGAAAUUGCAGUAUCAUUUCUUCUUGAAAAGCUCACAACUUUUCUGCAAAAUGAGGUGGAGCUUUUACAAGGGAUCCCUGAAGAUUUACAGUACAUCAAGGACGAGUUGCAGAGCUUGAAAGCUGUCCUGAGAGUGGCUGACUCGGUGGGGGAGAGUAACCAAGAACUCAAGGUAUGGGUUCAGCAAGUGAGAGAGAUUGCUUACGACACUGAAGAUACCCUGGAUGAAUACAAGCUUGACGUUGUCAAUGACCAUAGGCAUGGGCUUGAUGCUUUUCUACACCAAGUUUGCUGCUUUACGAAAAACUUGAAAGCCCAACAUCGGAUUGCUUCCAAGAUAAACGGCAUCAAAUCCAGAAUCAGCAACGUAUCUGCCAGGCGUCCGAAUUUUGACAACAAUGGGACUAGUGAGCAAGGUCCAAGCUCCAUUGCCACAGUGAAUCCAUGGAUAGACAGAAGAGGGGAUGCCCUCCUUCUCGAUAGCGUUGACUUAGUUGGUAUUGACAACUCCAAAGAGCAGCUCGUCCAAUGGUUGGUCGAGGGAAACUCCGGCCGCAAGGUGGUUUCUGUGGUCGGAAUGGGUGGCUCCGGAAAAACCACCUUGGCCAAGCAAGUUUAUGACAACACCAAAGUGAAGAAACAUUUCGCCGUACAUGUUUGGAUCACCAUUUCUCAUCCUUUCAAGAUAGAGGAGCUCCUAAGAAACAUGGUACGGCAACUGUUUGAUUCGAUCAGGAAGCCGGUUCCUCAAGGUGUCGAUGACAUGGAUUCGUUUCUCCUGAAAAUGAUAAUCAAGGGUUUCCUUCAGCAAAGGAGGUACUUGAUUGUUUUAGAUGAUGUUUGGCAUAUGAAUGAAUGGGAAAUGCUCGAUCACGCAUUAGCUAACAAUGGCCGUGGUAGCUGUGUGUUGCUUACAACGCGUAACUCUGAGGUAGCUUCGACGUCGUGCAUAGAAUCUGAAGAUAAGAUCUUCAACUUAGAGCCCUUGUCUCCGGACGAGUCGUGGACUCUUUUCUGUAAGAAAUGUUUCCAAAAGAACUCAUGUCCUGCUGAAUUGGAGAGACAUUCUAGACGUAUUUUGGACAAGUGUGAGGGGCUGCCCCUUGCAAUUGUGGCCAUUAGUGGUGUUUUGGCUACGAAAAGGCGUACAGUUGCGGAAUGGGAGACGGUUUAUCGUAGCCUCGGUGCUGAAAUUGAGGACAACAGCAGGCUCAUCAACUUCAAAGAAGUGCUUUUGCUGAGCUUCAAUGAUUUGCCAUACCACUUGAAAUCUUGUUUCUUGUAUUUAAGCCUCUUCCCUGGGAACCAUCUGAUUGAGAAUAUGAGACUGAUUCGACUGUGGAUUGCUGAAGGGUUUGUCGAAGCCAAAGAAGGAAAGACACAAGAAGAAGUUGCAGAGGACUACCUUAAUGAACUCCUCAAUAGAAGCAUGAUCCAGAUAGCCGGGAUGACGAACGAUGGAAGGGUCAAAGCAUGCCGCAUUCAUGACCUUCUGCGAGAAAUCAUCAUUUCAAAUGCUAGGGACCAGAACUUCGUUGCAGUUGCUAAAGAACAAAAUGCAACAUGGCCUGAAAAGGUUCGGCGCCUCGCAAUACAUAACGCAUUGGCAAAUGCACAACGGAAUAUGAAUGCUUCUCAUCUACGGUCUUUUUUUGCGUUUGAUACGGGUGAUCCACUCUCCUCUUCACCAACAGAUACAUUGAUUCCUAAUAGUUGCAGGCUGCUUAAGGUGUUGGAUUUGCGAGCUGCGCCUAUAGAGAAUUUUCCAGAGGAAAUUAGCAACUUGAGACUGUUAAGGUAUCUUAGCUUGAGAGAUACCAAAAUCACGACAAUUCCGAGUUCUAUAAAGAAGCUUCAGGACUUAGAGACAUUGGACCUUAAACACUCCCAAGUUUCGGAAUUGCCAGUUGAGAUCCUAAAGCUCCGAAAACUUCAUCAUCUUCUGGUAUACCGUUAUGAAUUCACCUCGUAUUCACGUUUUCACUCCAAAUACGGUUUUCAGGCCUUGUCAGGUAUAGGAGCUCUACAAUCCCUUCAAAAGCUUUGUUUUAUGGAUGUAAACCAUGAUAACGCACUUAUCAUGGAGCUGGGAAAACUGGUGCAACUUCGAAGACUAGGCAUUACAAACAUGAGAAAAGAAGAUGGAAAGAUUUUGUGCUCGUCCAUCGAAAAGCUGAUCAACCUUCAUGCAUUGUCAAUUGUUUCAUCGGUUAAGGAAGAGGUCAUUGAUCUGCAAUGUCUUUCUUCUCCUCCUCAACUACUUCAAAGGUUAUACCUGUAUGGGCGAUUAGAGAAGUUACCAGAGUGGAUACCUUGUCUCGAAAGCCUGGCAGUGAUAUAUCUAAAAUGGAGUAGGCUGCCAAAUGAUGCACUUGAAUCUCUUCAAAACUUGCCCAACCUUGUACAUCUUGAAUUGCUGCAAGCUGUGGAAGGAGACACUUUACGUUUUAAGGCUGGCGGUUUCAAGGAGCUUAAACUUCUGGGUAUAGACAAAUUUGAAGGGCUGAGAUGCAUACAAGUAGAAGAUGGAGCAAUGCCUUGUCUUGAAAAGCUGAGCAUCCAACGUUGUAAAUUGCUGGAGAGGGUGCCAUUAGGGAUUCAACAUCUGACCAAGUUAAAAGUACUCGAGUUUUUCGAUAUGCCCGAGGAAUUGAUUAUGACCCUUGGUCCUGAUGCAAACAUUCCAGAAGUUUAUUAUACUUACUGGAGGAAUGGAGAAUGGGAGGUCUAUUCUCUAGAGGGUUCAGCCGAGAAUGGGAGGUCCAUUAGCACUGAAUCGCUUCAAAGUCGUUUUAAAUGAUACUACUCAAAUAUUCCUGUUUAUUAAUCUGAAUUGAUGGGUAUAAUCUUUCUUUGCUGA